UGCCAAAAUCUGCAUGUUCCGGUGCAGGAUUCGAAAAUUCUCAUGUUGCGGAAUAGGACUCGGCCGAAAGUCGCAUGUUGCAGAAUAGGGAUUUGCCGAUGUCCCGGAAUAGUGCUCUGCUGAAAGCCUCAUGUCGCGGAAUCGGAUUCUGCCGAAAUUAUCAUGUCGUGGCCAUAGGAUUUUGCCGAAAGUCUCGUGUUGUGGAAUAGGAUCCUAGCGGAAUUCUCAUGUUGCGGAAUAGGAUCCUGCCGAAAUUCUCGUCGCUCAGCGUGCGCUACGGUCUCCUGUCGGCCCGGUGCCCCGCCGACGACGGAGAAAGUCGCACGGAGGAUGAAAGGUCACGUAUGAUGGUCCUUGAGUCGAAGGCGGCGGGAUCACACAUCGACUACGGGAGCAUAGCGAGCAAAAGACAGAGCCGGGAAGCGGAGAGCGAGUGCGGAGAAGGCGCGGACAGCGGAGCAGGCACAGGUCCAGGCACAGGCGAAGGGACAGGCGCAGGGACGGGGACAGCGGGGACGGACGGCACGACGACGGGGACGCCGUUAGUAAGCAUCCAUGACACGGCAAGCACCCCCAACGGCCAGCAACAACAACAGCCCGGGGACGCUCACUCUAAGCCGGACCAAAGCAUGACACAGAGCCAUGGCAUGAAUGAUCUUUAUCAGAGGCAACCUCUACUUUCAAAUGCAAAAACAACGGACCGAGGCAGCAGUUGGAGUGAUAAAAAUGGGACGAGCAUAAACGCUCAACCUGUUUACUCAGAUGAGGAUGAGCAUCAAAGUAGUUCGUUCAAUCCUAAUGGAGCGAUUCGCAUCGACAUUCCCCAACCAGCAUGCGAGAAAAAUCGUUUUCCAAAGGAAAUUUGGAAAACGUUUAUCGCAUUAUUGUUACUAUUACUAAAUUUUAUUCUGACGACUGUAGUAUUGGCUUUAGUCCAUGACAAAGUACCUGAUAGGAAGAUAUAUAAACCAUUGCCGGAUGUAUUUUUAGAAAGUGUUCCAGCGCAAGAUUGGGCUCUUGAUGUAUCAGAAAUACUUAUCAUGGUCUCUACAACCAUUGCCUCUCUAGUCGUACUUUUUCACAAGCAUAGGUUUAUAGUAAUGCGUAGACUGUUCCUGUUGUUAGCAUUACUGUAUUUCAUGCGAUCAGUGACUAUGUAUGUGACAGUGAUGCCUGUAGCUAGCACUACUUACACAUGCUCACCAAAAUCAAAUGAAACAGACACCAUUCUUAUUGCCAAGAGAGUCAUCCAGCUAUUCUCUGGCUUCGGGCUCUCCAUCAACGGAAAGCACACGUAUUGUGGUGACUAUAUCUACAGCGGCCACACAACUAUUCUCGUUAUAAGCUACCUUACUGUUGCUGAAUAUUCUCCUAAGAAGUUCAUAGUUUUACACUGGACUUCUUUCUGUAUGUCUCUCAUCGGUAUCAUAAUGGUGCUCGUUGCUCAUGGUCAUUACACAGUUGAUGUGAUAAUUGCCUAUUUUGUCACCACUUGGCUGUUUUGGACUUACCAUACAUUAGCAAAUCAUUCAUUUCUCAAACAAAGCUCUUCAAGGAAUCACUUAUCAAAAGUAUGGUGGUUUAGACUAUUCCUAUUUUUCGAAUGCAACAUCGGGGCGCCAGUCCCACGACAGUAUGACUGGCCACUACCCUGGCCCCGAAGAUGCCUAUCAAAACACCCAAAUCGGGAUAGUUAGUACGUGGCACCCUCCUGUCAGAAUAAUUUGACAGGAAAGAAUGUGAAUAUUUACGUCAUUGAACAUGACUUGGACUCUGUGAAAGAAGUAAAAUAAGCUCUCUCAUAUGUUCACUGUUGUUUCAAGUGGUAAGAGCAUGUCAGCUUGGUUGAACCUCAUCAAGUCAUUUCAGACCUCUUUGAGUUUUUAUGCAUUUAAUUAGGUCCCCAAGAUUAGUCUGUUGAAAUUAAUUUUUUAUUUUUCUAGAAUACUUAUGCUUCAUUGUUGCUCUGUAAAUGUACUGUUGGUCUGUCCACAGUGUGUGUAGGAGAUUAUCUUUCAGGGAGCACCUCGGAGAAAAAUGAUCAAACCUAAAUCCAGAUCAGAUUACAAAUAGUUAAUCGGACAAAAAGGUUUGAUGAAUGACCUCAAAACUUAUUUAAAUGAGAUGUUUUGUUGUACGAUCAGCGUAUCCCAGAAGAAGUACAUCAUUCUGCGCAAAAGAUACCAAGACUCAUAAACCAUGAAAUUUUGUGACUAUUGUCGUUGAGAUUUUUCAUCCAAUCAGGUAGUAUGUCAACAAUUAUAAAAAAGCAAUUUCACCAACUUCAAUAAAGUACUGCCUAUCUGUAUUUUUAUAAAAUAAGUAAAAGUAAGUGUUUUAAACUAACAAUUUCCCACUGGAUGAGAAAUCUUGUCGACAAUAUUUCUAUUGAUUGCUGAGUGAUCGAUAAUGAUUGGAAAUGAAUUACAGGAAGUAAUUCAAUUCAUCACAGCUUGCUGAAAGUCUCCCCUUCAAGUAUUUCAAAUGGUGUUGUUGUUGUUGUUCUUUUUGUUGUUUUUUUUUCUCCGAAACAACACUAAUCCUUAAAAUAUUUUUUUUUCUUUUAUCAUCAUUUCUUAUUCCUUAAAUCUUACCAAACUUAUAUGUGCAUUUAAAUUUUGAAACUUAUGCAAUUCAAAAUUUUGCAGUCUUGUAUACUAAUAUUUUUGAUUUGUCUUUACUCUUCUUAUCAGCUUUCAGAAUUGCUGGAAAUAGAAACUAUGUAAACUUUUAGCUCUCUGCUGGAAGUGAUUAAGUAAAUUUUGUCUCAAAGUUAUGAACUUCAGAGUCAAGCUAUCCAGCCAAAUUAACGGGACUUUUCACGUGCAUACUUAAUCUGAAAUUAGGCAUGACAUUCGUCAAGAGUUUGAGCUCUCUGUAUUAAAUUCUAAAUUUUUACAACUCUUCCUAUUACUUCUAAAAAGUUUGGCAUAAUUAAUUAAAUUUGUUAAAAAUAUUUUUCAAUCCACCUGCCACCAGUUAGGUGGUUCUAAAAAAUGUUAAAGUUCGGUUUUCAAAUUGGUUUGUUAAAUAAAAUUUUGAACGGCUCUCAGAAAGUGAGAUGGUUUAUCUGUUGGGCUAUAGCAUCGGAGUGGGGGGAGGGGGGUGUGUGUGUUUAAAUUAGGAUCCUCUGUAAUAGAUGCAAUGCCUUCAUCUUGUUUAGAGCUUCAUCAGACUUCCGUCAGAGCUUGCGUUCAGGGGAGUAAAUGUGCCGCAAAUUUUUGUAUUCAGUGUUUCUGAUAAAUUAUUGAAAACUCCAUCACUAUAAAAGUUCUAAGAUGAAAACUAGGAACCUUUCACUGUGAAUGAAAGUGCGUUACAGCACAAAAGUUACAGAACCAGUAUUAUUACAAGGAGGUAACAAGCCAUACGGAGCUGUAUUUUGUGUAAAAUAGAUUUUUUCUGAACAUAAUGAGAAAAGAAGCUCACACAUUUUAAAUGAUUUCCGUGUGUAAAAUGCAAACCCUAUAUUACUUUGUGCAUUCUAAAGGAGAUCUUCUCUUACGAGUAAUACAAGUGUUCCAUUCAAAGUUUUGCAUAAUUUUACACGUUUAUCUCCUUUAAGAUAUGUAAUUUUUUUUUUUUUUUAAAGUAAAAAAAGAAGUGUAUCUCUUUUCAACUACUGAAUGUAUGUAUGAAGAAAAGUAAUCAGUUUUUGUAUUAUCUGAAUAUCUUUAGCAAAGUGUCAUAUGGAUGUCCAUAUGCUUCGAUAAUUUCAGCAACAGUGGGCCACUAGACAAGUUCUUAACUAGAAAAAAACCUCAAAUGUUUCCUUUCUAUAAGCCUUGCGCAGAAAAUGGUCCAUACAACAAGAAGUUCAAAAAUCUCUCUUAAACAAGAUGUAAAAAAUUAUUUUUAACAAAGAUAAAAUGGAAUUUGAAUUUUACAAAUGAUGUAAAUUUAAGAAUAUGUUAUAUGUACCUACUCAAGGUCAAAAUACCGAUUGGGUGUUUCAAGUGUAUUUUGCACUUUGAACAAAAAUUAGGUUUGAAAAAUUAGAGAGAAAAUUUCAUGAUCAUUUCACUUACCAGCGACUUUUGCGCACAGAAUAUUUGUGAAAGAAUUUAGAAUCCUGUAAUUUACACCAUUUGUAUUUUCGGCAUUCAGCCAUUAUUAAGCGUAAACACUUUUAUAUCUUGUCCAGGAGUUGACCUCCAGGCUUAGGCUUUGUUUUCCUCGAGAAAUAUUUAUGAGAAAAUAAGUUGCAUAGCGCUUCAAUUGAUUCCUUGUUUAGUGGUCCAUUGGGAAUAAGCAAAACUAAGCUCUCAAUUAAGUUCUUAAGCUCUUCUAUUUUUUUGUUUUCCAUUACUAAUUUUUGAACGCACAUGGAAAAAACUUGCUGCCUUGGUAAUUAAUUUGGUCUACUUAUUGACUCUUUAUUUUAUUUGUCUCUUACUUCUGAUAUUGACUCCCCUCAACACUAAUUUUUCUUUAUUAGCAAAAAAAUUUAAAAACACUUUUGAAACUUGAAACAUGGUGCACACAUAUACCAGUAAGAUUAUUUUUUAUGCAAUCAUAAGAAAAAGAGUAGUUAGUUCAUUUAAAUAGCCAGCUCCAACUGAACAGAUGUUCUGUUCUUUUGUUUUUCCAAUCCCUUCUUGCACAAUGUGAUACCUGUUCUCUCCAGGGAGUUUUACUUUUAAGGAUUCGCUGUCACCUUUUUCUUACAGAUUUUGCUAUUCUUUUACAUCAAAGUAUUUCUUUUCAAGUCUAGAAAGGAAAAAUCCUCUUAAAAAAUUCUUUUUGAACUUGAGGAGUCUCUAACUUUUGAAUGAAAUGAUAAAUGGUUCGCAUGUAGCAAAAAAGCAUAAAUGUAAUUACAGUGUUUUCAAAAUCCAGCAACUUAUUCUUGGUUUAACAUUUAUUAAACAUCUGUGCAGUAAUAAAAUUACAUUUCCCUUAAAAAUUAAUAAUUUUGUGGUAAAAACGUUUAGUAUGUUUGCGUUAAGUUGGUUAUGCGUGAAUUGUUUUCUGUUUCUUUUUCCAGCUCCAAAAUUUGCUGAUCUUAAAUCAACUUUCAAUUCAAGGAAAAUAUCAAAAAAUAAUUUUAGAAGUAACAAUCUCACCUGAAAGAAUUAGUCAUUUAUCAUUGUUUUACACAACCUUAAGCUUCUAUUUAGCAGUGUGACCUCAAAAACAAAAGGAAGAAGAAAAUAUGCUCACAUCAUCAUGAACUCACCUCUUACUGCAAGACUUAUCUCACCUUAGUAGUUUUAAACAUUUCUGAAAAUAAGAUCAUUGGUUUAGUGAGAACACAAUGAUUUUAUAAUUCUCUGUAUAUCGAUACAAUGAUAACUAUCUUGAAAGUUAAUAGCUGCGGUCAUAAUACUCUCUGUCUGAAUUAUGCUGACAACAAUGCAACUAUCUUACUUUUCCCUCCGGGAGUAAAACCAUCUAUGACAAAGUAUUUUCAAGGCUCUCAUAACUUUUCUCUCAGCAAUAGUUCGUAACAAAUAAAUGAAAGACUUUUUACUUUAAGUUUACUUUUCUUUUAUCAUCUAGCUGAUUAAAUAAUUUUGUACAUUGAGGUAUUUUAAAUUUACAAUGUGUUAAUGAGACGAAUUUCUGGGAGUGGAUUCGGUCAACUUUCUGACUUACCGGCAACCUCAGUCACAACAAAACUAAUUUUCCUCGGAGGAACGGUUCACCUACAACAUUCAGUCUUCGUAUUUGCAUCAAAGACGACCACAUCCAAAAUUCUUGACUCACCUCCCGAGAUGGACGGAGAAGGGAAUAGAUGCAAACGUUGGCUACCAUUCACCAAACUGCAGAGUUAAGUUCUUGACUUCUAGCGGGUGUUUUUCUUUGUCAGUCGGCAGUUCUGUUAAUUAGACUUCGACGUAAACGUAAUCCACUCGCGGAAAUUCGCCUCUGAAAGUCACACAUUGAAAAUGACCCAAUGAAUCAAUCAAGCGACUAGUCUGGUCUCAAGUUGAUCAGUCCGCUGCAUGACAGAAAUGUCCUGAUGAGUGAUGCAAGUCACCUGACAGAAAUACCACCAGCAAAAUACUCCUAAGCAAACUUUGACCGAGAUCGAAAUUGAAAUCCAACCUUUACUCCUUUGAGUUUAUUGAAAGGUUCUAUGAGGGUAGACUCAGUUACUAUAGGUGUUACGUAUCAUGUAUUUCUUCUAAAAUCCACUCCUUUUGACAUGAAAGUUUCAUCAUUGAUAUAGGAAAAAUGAUGGAGUCUGAUAUCUUAGUGUCUCCGACCAACCAGCAAAAAUUAUCAUAAAACUGGGGUUUCCACAGUAAAAUUUGGUGCAUUCUUUACGUGGACCAAAUCGUCGUUCCUCUGGGAUACGGGUGUAUCUCUAUUCCCUCUUGAGCCCUAAAACCAUACAGUUAUAUGGGGAACAGGGCUCACAAGGAAAUCGAGGUACGCGAGGAGCGACAUAACAGAGGAGCAACAAAAUAAGGAGAAAGAUGAAUCUGUCUCUUGUUUUAGUUGGAAGUAUGAAUUUAAAUCGAAUUCAACUGAUUUUAUCGUCUGUGAUAAAUUUUUCAAUAUUGAUUAUAUCUGUUUAUUAUUUUGGACAAGUUUUAGCGAAUGAUCAGUAUUGAUUGUACAAAACUAAUGAAAUUUAUUUUCAACAUCUUUUUUCCUCCUUUUCUCUUCACCUUGCUGAAAUCCAAAAUAUUCUCCAAAAAGACGUUAAUCAAUAAAAAUCUAUUUCCCCAGGUAAUUGUAGCUCUAAUUGGACAUACUUUACACUCAUUACUGCUAUACACCUAUGCUAAGUCUUAUACUGAUGUCAGAAAUUUUAUUUUCAAUCAAGUAAGUCAAUCAGUUCAGUUCCAUCAUUUCGCUAAAACUUGUUGUUUCACAGUUAUUGCAUUUGAAAUUUGUAUAUUUACUCCUUCAUGUAUUCAUCUGUUCAUUAUUUAUUUGUUUAUUUAUUUAUUUAUUCAUUCAUUUGUUAAUUCUACCUUGGAUAUUUCAGGAAGUAUGAAUGAAGUAUCAAAUUGUAAUGUAUUACACUGAACAAUUUAAAGCAGCGUUGUAGACGUGCAGACUGAUUUCUUAAAAGUGUUUCGCUAAGUGCUAAGACUCAGCCAAUUCACUCCUUGUAAAAUUUGCCAAUCUUAACUGUUCCCUUUCUUGACUUAGGUCAGCAAACAAUUGUUUGUUCCUUCGCCUCGUGUUAUUUAUUCUGUAAAUUGCGGUAACUCAUUAAAAUUACUUUUACAUAAUUUGUAUGAUAUUAAUUCUUAUUGAAGAUCACUUUUUUACCUACAGAUCAGACUGCGUGUCUCAAUAAACAACACAGUCUUUUAGGAGCAUCCAGUAAGUGAGGAUUAUUCUGCUUUGCAAUUUUUCAAGAGACAUUUUGAACGGUCCUGCAUGUGUGAAAUUAGUAAAUGCCUAUUGUGAAAGGAAAUCUAGCUCCAAAACCAUCCUUAUCUUCUAUCUCAGAUGAAGCUAUCUUUGACUACCAAUAGAAGCAAGUAGGCAACGUCUGAAAUCAAAGGUGGUAUUCAUAGUCGUUCCUUAAACGUAAAGAUCUUAACUAAUGUAGAUCUUAUGGCUCAAGAAAGCCUUACCACAUAAGGAGUGGUUAUGAAUACAACCCUAGGCCUUGUUAAAUCUUUACCCCAAAAUUUCUUGUAGAAGAUGACGCACGAAAUCAAUGGUUUAUAAAAUGCCUCACCAUAAUCAAGAUGUCAAGGUUCAAAAUUGAUCAAUUGUCCAUCAAAUAACAAGACAGUUUGCACUUAUUUCAAGUUUAAAAUUUCAUUGACUAGUUUAAAUGUGAACACCGAUAUCUUCAUUGAGGAGUUAAUUUCCUUUUUCAAACUCCAAGAACCCUUUCUUCGGUGGAAUUUUAAAUUGGAAGAAAAAUUCUCCAAAUCAUACUUUGUGCAUAGGCUCAUUAGUUGCAUCACAAACUGUUCCACCGAAGUAUCAUGUAUGGUCGUAUUUUUUUCGGUGUACAAUUGUAACUGUUUCGCAACAGUUAAGAUUAUUCCUAUUUUGUUCAAUUGUUAUGGAUCGUUAGUGAGCAGGGCUUCUUAGUUGCUCAUUGGCUAACACUAAGGUAAUAUUUUGAUUCGCAUCAAUCCAUGACAUUGAAACUUGCACCAAGCGGACCCCUGACAUUGUUUUGAGGUUUUAACCUCUUCUUUUCUCGACUGCUCUCUCUCGCUGUUUGCUUCUUGAAAGAAAGAAACGAUGGGCCACUGGAUAAGGUCCCACCUAGAAAAAAAUGUCACAUGUAUCCUCUUCAAAAUCUCAUUUAGAAAGCAAUUUAAGCGACGGGGAGUUGGGAAAUCAUCUCCUAAACAAGAUAUGAAUGAGAUCUUUUUACAUAGAUCAAAUGGAAGUUGAAUUAUACAAAUGACGUCUUUUGCAUUUCUGCCAUUUAACCAAUGUUAAGUGUAAACACUUCUACCUUGUUUAGGAGUUGACCUCCAGACUUCCUGUUGUGUUACGUUUUCCUCAUGAAAUUUUGGAGAGAAAAUAUAUUGCAUUGUGAUACCUUGUGGCCCAUUUUUCUGAAAUGUGUUACCUUAAACAAAGGAUGUCCAUUAUCUGUCCGAGUUUGACAGCCCUAAAUGACUCCUGAUGUUUGCUCCUAAAUGACAGCAUUAUAGGAAAUAAUUUUUGAGAACUUCUUAUUGUGACAAGUAUUGGUGUUGCCUAUUUUCAUCUAAUUGGGACUUCUGAGUAUUCCUUUACCUCUAAGAGUGGAAAUAUCCUUCUCUCAGUGGGCUUAUUGUACAUUUGGUGUACUGCUGAGUCGAUCUUCUAUAAAUAUGUUAUUAUUAACCACCCACAAAUUCUGUUUUAUUUUUUCCUCUGUAAGUAAAUUGAUGUUGUCUUCAUGUAUUAAAUAAUUUUCAGAUUUAUUCUUGAAUAUACUUGUUGAAACUUGUUGAAUCUUAAUUCUCAUAAGAUUGUAAGUACUUACAAAAUAAUGGUCUACUCGUCUUCUGAUGUUAUCUGUCUGACUGCAUUUAAUGCAUUCUGACGUUAAAAAUUUAUUAUUAAAAAUAAUAAUUUUUUAUUUCAUGAAACUGUA